UGCAAAUUUUGCAUGACUUUUUCUUUUCUUCUUCCGAUUCCUCUUUUUGACUAACAGUCAGUGUUUAUGUCAGUAACCAGUAAACACAAUUAUCAACCACUCGAAAGGUCAAGAAAAAGCUACACUUUGAAACCGAUCGUCUUCUUCAAUUUAUCUAGAGAUUGUUUUCUCCGCAUACUCCUCUCAGUUUCAUGAUUUCUUGGUGGUAUCAAUGAUUUAGCAGCUGAAAUUCGCUGGGAAUCAAAUAGUUUUGGAGAGCUCCCAAUUGUGUCUCCGUUUAAGCGUUUGCCGAUCUGGGUUUCGGUUUUUGCUCCAAAAGACUGUUGCCCAUAAACAGAUACUGAGGACCCGAAUUUAGGUUUUUUUCUUUUCUGAAUUGGGCGUGCAUUUGGUUAAAAAAAAGCAUAAACUUUACUUUUAUUGGUGGGAAAGGAGGGAAUCAGACAUGAUUCAGCUACUGUUCUUCGUUCUGUUUAUCGAAGGUGCGAUUGCGUUCUUACUGCUGGUGAAGAUUGGUCCUCUAAGGGAGCUUGUAAUAAAGUGCUUGGAGCAGCUUAAAUUGGGGAAAGGUCCUGCUACUGUCAAAACCAUCGCUGGAACCAUGUCUGUAAUCCUCUUGUCGAAUCUCAUGAAUAUCAUCAAGAUCCAGAACAAGGGUGCGAAGCUUGGGACAAUGUCUCCCAUGGAUCAGGUCCUCUGGAGAACCCACUUGCUCGAGGCUUCUCUAAUGGGUGUUGUAUUGUUUCUUGGCUUCGUUAUAGACCGGACACACCAUUACCUCGGAAAGCUAAUUACUUUAAGAAGCAAUGUCGGGUCAUCGAAAGGAGAACUCGAACGACUUAGGAAGGAGAGAACCGAGCUGAAAGAGAAAGAAGAGAAGACAUCCAAGGAAAUCAAACAGCUGAAACAAAAACUGUCAUUUGUCUCAGAGAACCUGAUGACAGUAGAGAAGGAAGCCAAAGAGAAAGAAACGAAGCUCGAAACAGCUGAAGCCCAUGUUACAGCUCUCCAAAAGCAGUCUUCAGAGCUAUUGUUGGAAUAUGACAGAUUGCUAGAAGACAACCAGACUCUCCAAAGCCAGAUUUUGGUUGGAACCAAAAACCUCAACUGAUAUAAGAGAUUUUCUUAUAGAGUAUUAUUCUUUAGAGCCUGUUGAUGAGGUUUGAGAGUGUUUGUAACGACAUAGGAGUGUCUCCUUACAGUUUAUGCAGAGUGGAUGUAAUGUUGUUUAGAGAAAUUCUAUAGCUUUACCAUCACUCCAUCAGCAAA